AUUUAUUUAUUUUCGUUAUUACCGUCAUGCCGUAUUGUCGAGAAGACUCUCAACAUGGUGUUUACAUAUAAUGAUUGUAGUAGGCAUGUCCUCCUACUGUAUUGUCUUAUCCAGGACAUACUCGGUUGAAGUGUUGCCAUCGCAGCUUUGCUUUGUUCGUUGGUUGAAGCUGUCGCUCUUGUAUUCGCUCAACUUGUGCACCGUGUUUUUUACAUGUUCGCUACCUACAUGAAUCCACUAAUAUACACGUAUACAAAACAUACUACUAGGAUGACUAAGGGAAGGGGAACACUUAGAGGUUUAACCCGUGCUCUAUUGCAAAUCUGAAAAUGAUCUUCAUGUAUUGCAGAUCUUUUGUUGCUAAAAUGUCUCAGCUUGGGAUACCUUUCUCUCUUUGAAUUGCCUCAACAGAUACAAGCAGGGACCCUCUGACAUGGUCCAUAUAAGCGAAAUGCGAAACGCCUUGUUAAGCAGGGGGAUUAGGAUUUCAAAAAUUUGUUGCACAAAAUACUCUGAACUCUUCACAGACCUAACCGUUUUGAGUGCUUCAACAGCACUAAGACUGUCAGUGAAGAUAAAGUACUAAUCUAGUGGUCUGGCACUAAUGAGCAGUAGCGCUAGGAAUAUUGCCGCAAUAUAAAUAGUACACGGUUGCCUCAAUUCAUAGAAAACUUCUGCGGUUGUGCUAUAUACCCCGAAACCUGUGCCAUGCUGUGAUGACGAACCAUCAGGGAAGUAUUGUUUAUUGCUAUCUAAAUGACCGUACUUGUCCACAAAAAUACUGGGAAUUACUAUCCAGCGAAGACUAUCCGGGACAGUCCUUAUUUCCUCCGUCAUCGAGGAAUCGACACCUAAAAUUGAACUGUAGGUCUCUGGGAGCACGACACGAUUAGAAUAUGUUAUUGCGCUAGAGUGUGCCUGUAGAGAAACAAAAUCAUGAUAUACAUUCAUGAUUUUGCUUUUGGAUUGUAGCUCUAGCAGGGAUUUGAAAUUUUCGAUUACCAAAAGGUUGGAUACGACGAAGCGAAUAAGCAGGCGGAGCGAAAAAUACAAAAAUCUUAUUUUUAGGGGCAUCAUUUCAUGCUGCCCAAGGCGAUCCUCAAGCUUCGAUACUGAAUUCUUUCCAAUGUUAUUAGAUGCGUUUUGGGUGCCCAGUGAAAACAUCUAUUUCCAUACUCCAAAACAGACAGAUCGUAUUGUGGUUUUGUAUAAACGUAACACAUCUAUUGGAUGUGCACCCCACCAGAAUCCAGUAAUAGUUCUUAAGAAGUUUAUUCUUCUGGUGCAUUAUUCUUCUGGGGUUUAAGCCUCGAAUUAAACCAAACUCCUAGAUAUCUAAAAUCGUCGGCAAUGUCUAUUCUUUUACCAUAGAGAAAGAUGUUAAUGUUUGGUUUAUAUAAUCGUUCCCUUCUGUUUUUCACAGUAUUGCUGAAGAAAGAAAAUGUUACCAUUUUAGUUUUUUCUGCAGAAAAAUCGAUACCUAAGUUAAGAGGCCAUUCUGCUAGCCUGUCCAGAGUGGUUUGUAAAGCGUUUUGGAUUACAUCGGCGUUCCUGCUAGCGACUGAUAAAACGCCGUCAUCAUGUCCUUGAAGAAGAGCAAAAGCAUUACGACUAACUCGUUGUAGAGAAUGGUUCGGUUGAUAGGUGAUCUCCACUAUGAGAAAUGUCCUGCAAUUAUUUAUGAAGAUAAGAUAACCGUGGCUGUACUGAGCUUUCCAAUAAUGCCUAAUCUAAGCAGAUCUAAGACUUGGACAUGAAGUAUCGGCAGGGAUUAGUAGCACCGAACAGCAAGUAUCGUAUCACAGUAUCAGUGUGUUAUGUGUAUUAAACACCAGACUAAUAGCGUGAUUUAUUCAAGAGGUUCUAUUGCAUACUGCCUGUGCUCAAAUUCUGUACAGCCUUAAACUCCUUCCAGUGUCUACUUCGAUCCCUUGGUUUCAAAGCAAAAGUGAAUUUUUCUACGUUUUCCUAUCAUACUAUAGGCAUGAUGGAUGAUCAACUGAUCGUGAAGGAGUUUGCAGGAAGGACUUUCAAAUAUUUAAUGUAACGACAACCAUGCCCAAGGUGCCAGCUAACUAGCGUAACGCCGCUUAAGCAAUGGUCGUUUUCACAUAGCUCAGAUUCAGGAAACUAAGUUGAAGAAUUGACCCCGGGAUUCGAUUUCCGCACUAUAAUGAGAUAAUUACCACCUUUGGUCCCUCCAGCAGUGUGCAUGGCAAGCCAUACUUCAUCGAAGUGAUUAAGCUAUCAACGACGCAGCUUGUAGAAGCUAAAUGCUGGCAUGCUCACUUAAUUACUACUUGCCGAACUAUCAUUUCCGUCGAAGAAGUGUAAACUCAUAAUGUCGACACGUACCACGUAAUUUGUGAGCGUUUAAAUGUCGUCAGCAACAUCCCAAAGCUGUCAGUGCAGUACAGUCAGUGUCUCGCUCCGAUCGAAGCAGAAAUUGCGCUCGGGCUUAGUGGGUGUUAAGUGAGCUGCUAGAAAUGAUGUCCUAAGUUCUAGGUGCAGGUCAAAAGGUGGCCAACAAAAUGUCCCUCACAGUGACUACAGUAACAGCGUUAGCGGUGGCGUACAGCAUUGUAUGGUUUGCGUUGCAAAUGCAGCAAGCACAUAGCAUCAGCCAGGAGCAGCUGGAAAAGACGGCCAGGACUUUCCGGCAGGUUUGCCAACCGAAGCACAAAAUACCGGAUGCCGUAGCAGACGACGUGAACCGCGGCAUCUUUGCUGAGACGAAAGAUUUCAAAUGUUACGUUAGUUGCCUGCUGGACAUUAUGCAGGUGGCACGCAAGGGCAAGGUGAACUAUGAGAAGUCGCUCAAGCAGAUAGAUACCAUGCUGCCGGAUAACAUGAAGCCGGCUUUCCGGGCGGGCCUAGAAGCGUGUAAGACGGCCGCCCAAGGCGUCAAGGAUCACUGUGACGCGGCAGCAAUACUGUUGCAGUGCUUCUACAAGAACAAUCCGAUGUUUGUUUUCCCGUAGUGUUUCGGUAGUGCCGUGCAUUGAGCCAAUAAACAGAACACCAUUGAA